CGAACUCGUUACUCAACUGGAAAAAACUUGGAAUAGUACGAACAGCACAGAUAUCUGCAAUCGCUCACGAAGGGUUGAAUUAGUUUCAGAGGAUGAAGAGAUUUUUUCAGCCAAUACAGAAGGAUGGAUCAUGCAAGAAACCUUCCCUAUCUCCUUCUACCGGAACAGCAGAAGAUCGGCAGGAUGGGAAGAGCAGCGACGAAACGGUGGAUAAGAAAGAACCAUUGAAGUUCUUGACCUGGAAUGCAAAUAGUUUGCUUCUUCGUGUUAAAAAUAAUUGGCCAGAGUUCACUAAAUUCGUCCAAAGCUUUGAUCCCGACGUCAUUGUUGUACAGGAAGUAAGGAUGCCUGCAUCUGGCUCCAAGGGUGCCCCUAAAAAUCCUGGAGAGUUGAAAGAUGAUACAAGCGCUUCACGUGAGGAAAAACAGAUAUUGAUGCGUGCACUUUCAACUCCACCAUUUGGAAAUUAUCGUAUUUGGUGGUCUCUUGCAGAUUCAAAGUAUGCGGGUACCGCUUUGUUUGUAAAGAAGUGUUUCCAACCAAAAAAGGUCCAUUUCUCUCUUGACCGAUCAGGUAACUUUUGAAUCUUUUCGUAUGGAUACACAAUGACGUGGAACUUUCAAGUUUGCAAUCAUACAAUAGAACCAUUGAUUGCUUUUAUCCUGCCAGUCUGGAUAUAAUCGUAAACAAUUUAGUAUGGUCUUUGUAUUUGUGCACAUACAACACAAAAAUAGCCUGUAUAACUG